CAAAAAUCCGAACGCGUAGAAGAGAAGGCCAGCCAUAUCCGAUUCAAUUUGAAGCUAUCAAGUCAAAGACGGCUAAUUCUGUAUAUAAAAAUACUACUAUAUAUUUACCUGUUAUUCCGACUUUGUUCAUCAGAUUUUGUGUUACAGAAUCAUCUUCUUCAAAUUCAGCGAUUAAAAACAAUAAUGGGAUUGAAGGAUACGUUUUAUAUCUCCCAUGGAUCUCCCACUCUGCCCAUAGACAGUUCCAUUCCGGCGACGCAGUUCUUGAAGAAGUGGAAGGAGGUUUACCCUGAAAGACCCUCCGCCAUCCUCGUCAUUUCCGGCCACUGGGACACUGCCGUCCCCUCCGUCAACGUCGUUAAGCGCAACGACACCAUCUACGACUUCUAUGGCUUUCCCAAAGAAUUGUACAAGCUUAAGUACCAACCACCUGGAGCACCACAAUUGGCAAAGAGGGUGAAGGAGCUGCUGCAACAAGCAGGAUUCAGCCGUGUGGAUGAAGACAAAAAGAGAGGGCUUGACCAUGGAGCAUGGGUUCCACUCAUAUUGAUGUACCCUGAAGCUGAUAUCCCAGUCUGUCAACUAUCUGUUCAAUCUGAUCAGGAUGGGACUUACCACUAUAACAUGGGAAAGGCAUUGGCUUCUCUCAAGGAUGAAGGCGUACUCAUAAUGGGUUCUGGAAGUGCAGUUCAUAACUUGAGAGCACUCAAGAUUCAACCUAACCCACCUGUUGCUUCCUGGGCCAAAGAAUUUGAUGACUGGUUAAUCAGUUCUCUCCUUGAAGGAAGAUAUGAAGAUGUGAAUCAUUAUGAAGAGAAGGCACCUCAUGCAAAAAUGGCUCAUCCAUGGCCAGAUCAUUUUUUCCCAUUGCAUGUUGCACUGGGAGCUGCUGGUGAAAAUGCCAAGGCCAAGCUCAUCCACAGUGGCAUUGAAAUGGGAACUCUCUCUUAUGCCUCUUUCCAGUUCACAUCGGCAUCCUCCUCCUGAGCUCUUUCACUUAACUAAUGAACUCAUUUCCAGUGUUGUUGGACUUGCUGCUGAUGUUUGUUGUUGUAUUUGCCUAUCUGUAAAUUGUACUUUUGUUUCUGUGGUGUUUAUCAGUAUUGAUUUAUAAAUAAAAUGAAUUAUUGUGGUUCUGAAUAAAAGGAAAUUUUAAGAACUUUCUUCUUGGAA